UCUCAACGGAAACUGUAAAAACAAAAGCACAAAAACGCAUCUCCCCUCACUCUCUCACAUCAAUUUCAAAUCAAAAUCCACCAUUUCAAAUCCCCACUCCGCCCGCUCCCACAUCUCUCUCUCUCUCGUCUCUCCUCUCUCUCUCUUCCCUCAGCGUUUCAAAUACGCCCAUCGCCCCCCCCUCAACCUCAAUUCUCCGAUCUCGAGAUCAGCGCCGCCAUGAGCGGAGCUCUAGCCUCCGGCAACGGCAGGGAGCUCUCGGCAACCUCCUCCGACGGAAUCUCCAACCUCCGCUUCUCCAACCACAGCGACCACCUCCUCGUCUCCUCUUGGGACCGCGGUGUUCGGCUCUACGAUGCGAGCGCCAACGUCUUGAAGGGGGAGUUCUUGCACAGUGGCCCCGUCCUCGAUUGCUGCUUUCAUGACGAUUCAUCCGGAUUCAGCGCUAGCGCCGAUCACACGGUCAGGAGGUACGUCUUCAGUUCAGGCAAGGAGGAUAUUCUGGGACGUCAUGAUGCUCCUGUCCGAUGCGUUGAAUACUCUUAUGCUGCAGGCCAAGUUGUUACAGGAAGCUGGGACAAAACGUUGAAGUGUUGGGACCCAAGAGGUGCAAGUGGCCCAGAUCGUACACUUGUUGGGACUUACCCUCAACCUGAACGUGUAUAUUCUCUCUCCCUCGUCGGUCAUCGUUUAGUAGUGGCCACUGCAGGGAGACAUGUCAAUGUCUAUGAUUUGCGGAACAUGUCUCAACCUGAACAGCGAAGGGAAUCUUCGUUGAAAUAUCAAACUAGAUGUGUGCGUUGUUAUCCCAAUGGGACAGGUUAUGCUCUUAGUUCUGUGGAGGGAAGAGUUGCAAUGGAGUUCUUUGAUCUGUCUGAGGCAGGCCAAGCAAAGAAGUAUGCUUUCAAAUGCCACAGGAAAUCAGAGGCUGGAAGGGACACUGUUUAUCCUGUCAAUGCAAUUGCUUUCCAUCCCAUCUAUGGGACGUUUGCUACUGGAGGCUGUGAUGGGUUUGUGAAUGUUUGGGAUGGAAACAACAAGAAAAGAUUAUACCAGUAUCCCAAAUAUCCCACUAGCAUAGCAGCAUUAUCCUUCAGCAAGGAUGGGCGUCUGUUGGCAGUGGCCUCCAGCUACACGUUUGAAGAGGGAGAUGUGCCUCAUGAACCUGAUGCCAUCUUUGUUCGUAACGUCAAUGAAGUUGAAGUCAAGCCAAAGCCUAAAGCAUUGCCUGCUCCUCCAUAAUCCAACAUGUAGAGGUAGCAGAAGAAUCCUUGGUGUUGAUUACGUUUACCAUACCGGGCUCUCUCUCUAUCUAAUGGAAGUUAGGGGGAACUCCAUUUGACCCUUCAAAUGGUAUUUCAUAUCGUGCUAAUAAUUAAUCAUAGUUAUGGCUGACAUAGUGAAAUGAACUUGUCGCUGAACAUUUGACAGUUUCUUGUUGUCGUUGUAGUGUUGUUUGCUAGAUAUUGUUAUUUCUUUACCUCGUAACUUUCUAAUUUGUUAUCAGCUGUUUUCAUGUCUAAUAUAAAAUUUAGGAUUGUGCAGAACUGAGCCAAGGUCUUGGUCCUUGUCUGAUGGAUGAAAACUCAUGUCGAUAGCUUGAGCUCUCUUGAAAUGAUACUGAGCUCUACUGUCAAUUAUGAUUCAUGGUAAUUUUUGUUAUA